AAAUCAUGGCCCUUGACUUUGACACGUGAUCUACAGGUUCAGUUUCUCAUAGAAAAAAUGUGCCACAAAUGUCAUUUGAAAAAGUUUAAAUAAGAGCAAAGCUGCUCAACGCAGCAGCUGGGGGGGUUACCCCACAGUGGGGGCUUGUGUGAACAUGAGGUCUGUCUCUGCAGCCAAUUAAGCCUGGAUGAGUGAGAGGCAGCACGCGCAGAAGCCGUGCAUGAGUAUGUUACGCUUCUCUUCCACGUGAAUGGAUGUUAACAAAGACCCAACUCUUUUUCUAAUUAAGGUAAUGGAGUGAGAGCAGCCUGGAUGGGCAGUGACAGGUAGAAAGGCCCCCGGGGGUUUGGGGAGUCAUGAGAGAAGGACCUCUGUGGUUGACUGGCACGGCAGCAGAAGAUAAAAAGCUCUGGCUUGGCUGUCAGAUCCAUUAGCAGACAGGUCAGGUCUGAGGAGCACGCCGUGACAGCUCUGUGCUCCACGUUCAGCAGCUAAACUCAGACAGAGGAGCCAGAGAGCAAACGCUUCACGCCGCAGGAUAGAAGCGGCAGCUCCUUACAGAAAAGCAAACAGAGCUCCAGCUGCCAUGACCCUGCUGAGCAGACAGCCACGACGGAGGUCUGGACUGGCAUUGAGCUGGCUCCUGCUCUGCAUCUGCCUCCAGGCGAAUGCCUUCAAACGCGUGUCAGCGGUCAACCUGCGGAGUUUCAUUGGCUGUGCUGUCCGUGAGUUUACCUUUCUGGCCAAGAAACCGGGCUGUGGGGGUAUGCACAUUACCACUGAUGCCUGCUGGGGGCGCUGUGAGACCUGGGAGAAACCAGUCCUGGAGUUUCCCUUCAUCGAGUCCUACCAGCGAGUUUGUACUUACAAUAAGACGCGUCUGGUCACCGUGAAACUCCCCAAAUGCAGGCCCAACGUUGACCCCACCUACACCUACCCCGUGGCCCUGCGGUGUGACUGCGGAGUUUGUCUGACCAGCACCACUGAAUGCAUCGCCUCUGUGUGAAGCUCUCUCCACAAACACAGUUUUGCCAGCGUUUCUUAUACUGUCAGACUGAAAAAGUGGCUUCUUAGAGAUCAAAAUAUUGAUCCUAAAACCCUUUAAAUAACACUAAUCAACAUUUUUCAAACUAAUAAAAAUGGGUUUAAAACAUUUAAUAAAAUUAAAUUGAUUUCUAUUUUCCAGCUGAAUUGUUUUGUUUUUUU